AUGGCGCUCUUCGAUGAAGUCUUCCUGCAGCUCGCAGAAAGUAUUUUGGAUAAAGUUUACUUUAAGAGCGUGCCCUUUAAUCUUGUGAAACUUGAAGACUGGUUGGUUCUACGUUUGGUAUCUGAGCUUAAGAAGGAGAAGGAUUCCUUUCCUACGGUUGAGGAGUUGGAAACUUUACUGAGAAGCGGAUUGAAGCGUGCUAUAACUUUGGUUGUUGGCUCUCCGUCUGAUUCAGAUUUUGCCAUGAAGCCCAUCAAUGCUUUUAUGCUAUACUCCUCGAUCGUCUUCCCUGCCUUACUUGAUAAGCUUACUGAGGCAGCUAUCCCGAUAGAGGCAUCUGAAGAUGUUAAGCGAGCCUACCGUCUUGGGAAGUUUGUUGCAAUAAGGCAGAUCAAUGAUGCAGCAGAAUAUAGCAUCUUUGUGACCGGUUUUGGCGAUAGACUCCGGGCAAGUCGCUUUCGUUUUCCUCCUCCUUCUGCACCGGUUGCUCCUGUGGAUGGUUCUUUCCAUUCUGUUGAACAGGUUGAGCGGGAUGCUCCUGCCACCACUUCUUAUGAUGCCCUGUUUGUUGCUUCUGCGGAACCGAGUCAAUCUUUUCGUUACAAGAAGAUGAUGUCAGAAUCUGACUUGGCUGCUAUUUUGAGAGCAGUGGAUAAG